GACUGUUCUAUCUGUCGGGGACCAGUGUGCCAGACGUGUGACUUUGACUGCGUGCAUGGAACAUGCGAGCGCGAGACCAGGACUUGCUCCUGCGCCCGCGGCUGGUCAGGCGCUGCAUGCGACAUUUGCCGGUCGGCUAACUGUCAGGUGAAAAGCAGUGUGCUUUACAUCCUUCCGUCCACGGCAGACCGUGAAGACGUCAACGUCGUUGUGAAUGUUUUCGGUGUUGAAUUUCCCAAAACCCCUUCCCAAACGUACACCUGCAUAUUUGGCGCUUCAUACGCUGAAGGGCGACGUAUCAGCUCUUCAGUAGUCAGAUGUCGAGUGCCUAGAGAUCUCAGCAUUGGUCGUCAUUUGUUCAAUCUGGCUCCAGAAGGCUCGAUCUCUGUGAUUCCAAACUUUGACGUCCGCCCGAUUCACUUUACCGUAUUCGAUUCGUGCUCAUCAGCUUUGUGUAAAGGAGUUUGCAUUGGCCCACUUUGUGUGUGCCCCAAGGGUACCACUGGAAUCAACUGUGAAAUUAUAGAAAUUAUACCAUCGAUCGAUCGACGCUUCAUCGAAAACCAAAAGGCCAGUGUCGCCUCUGAGGGCACGCCAUACAUCGUUGUUUUACCAACAAUGCCAGGAUCGCUACAACGUGUGAAUUCCACUAUUGAUGAUCUACGAUUCGAUUCAUCUAGAGGAAUCAUCGAAUGGAAGGAGCCAGUUGGGUCCAAUAUUCCGUACUCGAUCACUGUCAGCUCAAGCUCAUUGUCUGGUGGAAGUAGUAUAUCAUGGAAUGUUACUGUGGAACCGUCAUAUACCGCUGAAGUGACAGCAGUUGAAAAACUGCCUGAAUCGAGCACGAUGAGAAUUACUGGAAGGUUACGAGAAGUGGAG